AUGGGGCACGUGGACCACGGCAAGACGUCCCUGCUGGACGCGCUUCGACAGACCUCUGUAGCGGAAUCUGAGGCGGGGGGGAUCACCCAGGGCAUACGACGUUCCUUGGUCCCUCCUCUUUCCUCAUGCAUCCCACUCCCCUCCUUUCCUUCCCAGCACAUAGGCGCGUUCAAGGUGCAGAUGCCGUCAGGAGCAGCACUCACGUUCCUGGACACGCCGGGGCACGCGGCGUUUGCAGCGAUGCGGGCGCGGGGCGCGGCAGUGACUGAUAUCGUGGUGCUGGUGGUGGCAGCAGACGAUGGGGUGAUGCCGCAGACCAUAGAGAGCAUUCAACACGCCAGGAGCGCAGGUGUCCCCAUGGUGGUGGCGAUAACCAAGUGCGACAAGGAGGGCGCAGACCCCAACCGGGUAACUCAACAGCUCAUCUCCGAAGGGCUAGAACUCGAAGAGAUAGGAGGAGACGUGCAGGUGGUGCGAGUGUCUGCCCGUACUCGCUCCGGGCUCGAAACCCUUGAAGAAGCCGUGGCUUUACAGGCAGAGAUGAUGGACUUGAGAGGGAGAGAGGCUGGGGAGGCAGAGGGGGUGGUGAUUGAAGCGAGGAUGGCGCGGGGGAAGGGGCCGCUGGCGAGCGUGAUUGUAAAGGGCGGGAGGUUGAGGAGCGGGAUGUAUGUGGUGGUGGGGAAGUGGUGGGGGCGGGUGAGGAGCCUGAAGGGGUGCCACGGGGAGAGCUUGAAGGAAGCAGGGCCGUCUACUCCUGUGGAGAUUGAUGGGCUUAAGGGCGUGCCUGAGGCAGGUGAUUUGCUCAUGGAGGUGGGAUCUGAGGCGCGGGCGAGGAGGAUCAGUGAGGCCAGGCAGGAGGCAGCGGAUAGGCAGAGGCUGCUGCAGCAGCAGAAGGCUGCUAGUGUGUUACAGGAGCAGCAGGCGGGGCAAGGGACAGGGGAGGUGCAAGCGCGAGGGGGGUCUGCAGGUGCCGCAGCCGAUUCAGCAGCAGCAGGAGAAGGAGGAGCAGGAGCAGGAACGGCAGGGGAGGAGCAGGAGCAAGGAGACGAUGACGCCGCAGCAGCAGCCGCGCCCACGCAGAAAGAAGUGGUCUUAGUGCUGAAAGGGGACGUGCAGGGGUCGGUGGAAGCAGUGGGAAGCGCUUUAGAACACAUGGGGUGUGAGAGGGUGCGCGUGAGGGUGGUGCAUGCGGAGGUGGGGGCGAUCACCCAGUCGGAUAUUGACAUGGCUGAAGCCACGGGUGCGGCUGCUAUCGUGGGGUUCAAUGUGCGGUGCAUGGGCGCUGCCGUGGAUGCUGCUGCGAAGCAGGCCGAUAUUCCGAUCCGUCUGCACCGAGUGAUCUACCACCUGUUGGAGGACAUUGGAGGGCUCGUGGUGCAGCAGGCGCCCACAGUGCGGUGCAGUGUGGUGACAGGGCAAGCACAGUCUGGCUCGGGCAGCAGCGGCGGGGGUGGGGGUGGCGGUGGGAAGAGAGAAGGUGCCGGUGGUGCAGAUGAGAGUGCAGCAGAGAUGAUUGCUGGGUGUAAGGUUACUGAAGGGAAAUUUCAACGGGGGGCGAAGCUGCGAGUGUUGAGGUCGGGAGAGGUGGUGCAUGAAGGGCUGUGUGCAUCGUUAAGGAGGGAGAGGGCGGAUGUGGAUGCGGUGAAUGCAGGGGUGGAGUGCGGAGUGGUGGCGCGCGGUUGGGGAGGGUUUCGGGUGGGUGAUGUGUUGCAGGUUAUUGGGGAGAGGGAGGAGGGGCCGAGGAUGGUUCGCGAGGAGGAAAUCGAGGAGAUGGAAGAGCGGGAGGGCAUGGGGGUGAUGGAGCUUCCAGCCGACGCGCCCAUGCUGGGCCGGAUCCCGAAGCCCGCAGCGCCAAACACGGCGAGCGCGUCGCUGCGCAUGGUCAAGUACUCGGUGCUGCUGCCGACGUUCAACGAGCGCGAGAACGUCAGCCUUGUCGUGUACAUGAUCGUCAAGGCCUUCCGGUCCAUCAAGGAGUCGUUUGAGAUCAUUGUUAUUGAUGACAACAGCCCGGACGGCACGCAAGAAGUGGUGAAGAAACUGGCGAAGCACUAUGGGGAGGACACCAUUCUUCUUCGGCCAAGGCCUGGCAAGCUUGGGCUAGGCACAGCAUACGUGUUUGGGUUGCAGCAUGCGCGGGGAGAAUUCGUGUUUAUUAUGGACGCAGACCUGUCGCACCACCCAAAGUACAUCCCUGAGUUCAUACGCAAGCAGAAGGAGACAGACGCGGACAUAGUCACGGGGUCGCGCUACUCCCCAGGGGGGGGCGUCGUGGGGUGGGAUCUCAAGCGCAAGAUGACGAGCCGAGGCGCCAACGUGCUCACGCACACGCUGCUCUGGCCACGAGUGUCCGACCUCACUGGAUCGUUCCGGCUGUAUCGCAAGGAGAUUCUGGAGAAUCUCAUGGAUGUGGUGGUGUCCAAGGGCUAUGUGUUUCAGAUGGAGAUGAUUGUCCGGGCGAGCCGAGCCAGUUUGGUUAUUGAGGAGGUGCCAAUUGUUUUCGUGGAUCGGUUGGUAGCCGGCAAGAUGGUGCGAGAAACGGAGUAUUACGAUCUGCUGGGAGUGGCUCCUACAGCAAACGCGAACGAGAUUAAGAAGGCCUAUUACAAUCAGGCGCGCAAGGUGCAUCCGGACAAGAACCCCAACGACCCCGAUGCAGCAGCCAAGUUCCAGGCGCUGGGCGAGGCGUAUCAGGUGCUCAGCGAUGAGAUGCAAAGGCAGCGCUACGACGCCGCUGGCAAAUCGGGUAUUUCUAGGGAGGCGAUGGUGGAUCCAGCGGCGCUGUUUGGGAUGCUGUUUGGCAGCGAGGCAUUCGAGGACUACGUGGGGCAGCUCGCCAUGGCCACUCUUGCCUCCCUCGCUGUCGACUCCGUCACCAACGCCUCGACCCCUGCUGGCCCUUCUAUUGCCAAGGACGCGGCUUCCAGCGCUGCUGCAACUCCCGGGGGGCCUGGGGAUGGGGUGGACGCAAUGGCGAUUCAGGCGAAGCUCACGGCGGCACAGGAGGAGCGAGUGCAGGAGCUGGCGGUGAAGCUGAAGAGCCGCCUUGACGUGUACGCGUCACCCUCGGCCAAUCAGGGCCUGGACGGCGGCCGGCAUGCGUUCAUGCGGUGGGCGCACGAGGAGGCAGAGGAGCUGAGCCACGCUGCGUUCGGAGAGCACAUGUUGGAGAGCAUAGGGUACGUGUACGAGCGCAGUGCGGCCAAGGAGCAGGGCAAGAGCAUCAUGUACCUGGGCAUGCCGUAUGUGGGCGAGUUGCUUCGAGAGCGCGGUCGACGCAUCCAAACACAGUGGUCUGCCGCUAUGGGCGUGGUGAGUCUGGUGCAGAUGCAGAUGGACAUGCGGCGGCACGUGGAGGAGAGCGACAUGGACGAGGCAGCACUCGUGUCCUUCCUUGAGAGCAAGCAGCAGACGCUGCUCGAGUCGCUGUGGCGGCUCAACGUGCUCGACAUAGAGGCCACGCUCUCCACUGUGUGCCACCAGGUUCUCACAGAGGCAGAUGUUUCUCGGACCACCCUCGAGGCACGCGCACACGCUCUCAAGCAACUGGGGGUCAUCUUUCAGAACAAGGCAAUGCACAUGGCGAAGGAGAAAGCAGCAAAGGAGAAGGAGAAGGCGGAUAAGGAGAAAGCAGCAGCAGGUGGUGCUGCUGAUGCUGCUACUGCUGCGUCUGGAGCAGCAGCACCGGGGAGUUCAGGAGGGUCGGAGAAAGCAGGAACUGGUGGGGAUAGCAGCAGCACGAAUGGUGUGGCUGGCUCUAAGGCUUCAACAGUCACCGUUACGGCUCCUCAACCCCCUCCCUUGAUACACCCAGUAGCACCGGCGUGGGACAAGAUGGGGCCAUCCGCAAAGCCGGCUGGAGUGUUCAACCCCUAUGCGCCAUGGCCGCCUGGUGCCACUGCUGACUCACAUAAAUCACCCAAGUCCUCUCAUUCCAGAUCUACCCCCAAGUCCCCCAAAGACCCCUCCCCAAAACCCACCUCCUCUCCCAAACCAAACUCCUCCUCCCCCAAACCCUCUUCCUCCCCAAAACCCACCUCCUCCUCCCCAAAGCCAACCUCCUCUGCCAACCCAUCACUGCGGAAAGAAGGCGGCAGUGGGUCCGAGCAUGCGUUUGACAGCAUGUCAGUGUCCGAACUGAAGCGGUAUAUCCGUGAGCACGGAGGCGACACCACGGGGCUAUUGGAACGAUCCGACCUGGUUGCCCUCGCCAAGACACUCAAAUAG